AUCACAUGAUCUUCUCUUUUUCUAGGGAGUCCCAAGCCUGAAAUUCAAUGGUAUCGAAGUGGGUUGAUCAUCUUAGGAGCGUCAGAGAUAUCUUCAGGAUCCACCGUGACCUCUACGAUCACCUUGUCCGAUUUGAAACGGAUCGAUGAUGGAGCUCUCCUGACUUGCGAGGCUAGCAACAACAAUAUCUCAAGACCAGUCAGACGCUCAGUGGCUAUUGUUAUGAAUCUUCCACCCACUGCAGUGUGGAUCCAACGAAAGGAUCGCCAUCUGAUGGCUGGGAAAGAGGUCAAUUUCCAAUGCUCGUCCAGCGGAUCCACGCCUCGAACACGCUUUAAAUGGUUGUUGGACUCGGAGCCUCUAAACCAAGCUGCCAUCUCAUCUUCGUCCACUUCCACGACCACUACCACCACCAACGCACCAUUGAGCAACCAUACCCAGGAAAUGGUGGCAAAAACCACUUUGUCGUUUCCAGGAGGAACCAAGGGAACAAGUACCACAACGCAGGUCUUCCGCCAAUCCAAUCUGAUCCACCAGCCUUUGAAUGCCAAUGUGUCGGUGAUCUCGUACAUUCCACUAAUAUCGGAUCAUGGCAAGGAGCUCCGAUGUCUGGUCGACAAUCCUGGCCUGAAAGAUUCAACCAUUGAAGACUCCCUCAUAUUGGAAAUCCACUAUCCUCCGAUGCUCUCCUUGACUCAUGGAAGCAAUCUGGAUCUUUCCACUAUCAAAGAAGGUGACGAUGUCUAUUUUGAAUGUCAAGUUCAAGCCCGGCCUGCCAUCGACAAAAUCACAUGGUAUUUAAAUGAGAAUGUCUUGCACCAAGAUCUGGAUGGAGGCAUCAUUAUCGCUAACCGAACUCUGGUCCUUCAGAAAGUGCGACGAAUUCAUUCCGGAUUCUACACAUGUCGUGCCAAAAACGUCGAAGGACAGGCCAGCUCAAACAAGGUUGGGCUAAAUGUGAAAUACUCCCCGGUGUGUUCGCACAGCGAGCCCAAUAUGUUUGGUGUGGCUGCCAUGGAAAAUAUGAACCUGGUGUGCGACGUGAAUGCCUUCCCCAAGGAUCUCACCUUUCAUUGGCGUUUCAACAACUCCGGGGAUGAAGAAUUCGAUCUGGACAACUUUAUGUCCAAUGGCACGCGCUCCAUCCUCACAUUCUCCCCAAUGACCAAAAGGGAUUAUGGAACCAUUUUGUGCUUUGCCAACAACGAAGUAGGCCGCCAACGCAAGGCCUGCUUGUUCCAAAUUGUUCCAGCAGGUCCCCCGCAUCAACCAACCAAUUGUUCGCAAUACAACCAUUCGUCUGAUGCCAUUCAGAUCAGUUGUCUUCCCGCUUAUGACGGAGGCAUGGAACAGAUCUUCACCUUGGAACUUAUUGAGCAAGGCAAUCGACAACUCGUCCGCAAUCUAACGCUGGCCUUUCCAGCCUUUGUGAUCACUCGACUGGAAUCUGCGGCCAUUUUUGAUGCCCGAAUAUUUGCCAGCAAUCAGAAAGGGCGUAGUGAGCCCAUCGAAUUGAAGGCCAGUACCCUGAAAAGGCCAUCCGAAAAACGGCUGGCCACGACGGCGUCGGGCGGAAAUGGCGGGCCUGGCGGACAACACCUUUCAACGGGUGGAGUCUUGGUCCGCGAGGAGUCCUCCUCCGAUGAAGAGGCCUUGUCCAGUGUUCAUGCCGGUACCAGUAUCACCCAUGAAAGUAGUCAUUUGAUCUUCUCCUGGCCCACCAAGACCAUCCUCAUCAUCAUAGUGUCGUCACUGACUUUAUCGUUGAUUGUGGUGGUCAUUAUUGGGGUCAUUUGUCGUAUUCAGUGCCGAAUGACGACUCACGCGGGCGCCCGAAUGACCACUAGCUCAUCCAGCCAGGAGAUUUUGGCAGGCAAAUCCAGCAUCGUGGGAGCUUCGUCCUCGUCCCUACUUCUGUCUCAACAUCACGGUCGAGAACGACUCCAAGAAGGGCCUGGACAAGAGGACAGUGACCUUGAGCUUCCAAUUAAUGGGAGCAAGAACCCUCCGCCCAACUCAGAAUAUCUACUUCACGACAACUUCUUGGAGCCCAUGGCCGGCGAGAUUUUACCUUUACCCAGUGGAACACCCAUGGAUCCCAAGCAAGGUCACGGAAGUCUACAACGCCCUCCCAAUCUCCGCGGACAUCCCCAUUCGCAAGUUUAUAGUGAAUAUUUUGGCCGGCGGAUGCCUUCCUCAUUCAAGACAUCUGGGAAUCACAAUAGUACCUUUGCUGGUGAUAACAUGACGCCACCGUUACCACCUCCCGGGGCUUCGGUCGGAUCGGGGGCUUCCCCAGGACCAGGCGAGGGCGGCCGUUCACUUCAUUUUCAUGGCCAGCCACAUCCGGGAUCUAUUCUGAAUCCGUCUCAGCUUCAACAUUCCUGCACUCACUCAUUUGUGCCCUCACAACCGGCCACUUCCAUGGCCAAUCCACCGCGAGAAAGACGAGGCUCCUCCAGCGAGAUCCUGACCUCUCUCGCAUGCUCUAACAAUACCAUGGGAGUUCCGGGGUCAUCACCUCAACCUUCGAAUUUCAUGCCGCCUCCCAUGGGAGACAUCAGUUCAUCAUCCUACAUCCAUACCUUUCCGCGUCAGCACAGACUCCCCGAUCCCAACCACGGCAACGGGAACAGCUUGGCCUCCGUCCUGACCGCCCCCAGUGGGACAUUUCCGUCUGUGCCCAAUUCGCGUUCCAUGAACCAUGGCUUUGACGCUGUGGGCACGCUCACCAAGAAGGGGGGAGAGCGACGGAAGACAGUGACAUUUUUGGGCGAUGUCACGACCAUCCAUCCCACAGGGGGUGAUCAGUUGAGAUUGGGCCCACCUCAAAGUUCAAUUAUGGGAGAGGACCCUCGAACCCUACUCUCACCGGGGUCCACGGCCACCAGCUCUGAAGGGGACGAGUACGUGGAGAGCCGAGUGUAAACAUUGAUCAUCGAAUCUUUUUUUCGUCUACUUUGGUAGCCUCUGAUCUCGAGACAGAAAAAGGGCGAAAGAUGUAUGGAGUAAGAAGAAAUGGGUGACCUCGUCAUCCCAUAUGGGGGAGGGUUUUUUUUUCAUCUUGAAGAAAUAGUAUGAGAUCAAAUCAACGUACGUGUACAAAUAGAGGAUCGACCGAUUCGAGGUCGAGAAGACUCGAAUUCUCCAAAGUCAAAACCCGAUGCCAAUUUUGGCCAAUGAUGGCCAAAACUCCUCUGUGAUAUAUUUAGCUAACAUGGUAUGAAAAUUGCUCCUAAAAUACGAGAUACCUC